UUUCACAUUUUCUUCUGGAUUUUUUUUCUGUAAACAUUAAUUUCUUUCUUGUGACACAAAACCGAUUGUUCCUCAAAUGGUUAACUAAUUUAGUUGCAAUUAAUGUGAUACUUUUGAUAUUUAUUUUCUAUUAAUCAUGUUAACCAUCUUGUAACAAUUAAAUUAACUCGUCAAUGUUUCUUUCAAUCAUCUAACAUUUGAUUUCUAAUGUGGGUUAACCGGUUACUUCUGGUGAGCUUAAAGAUAGAGCAAAAAUCUUGAGAGUGUAACAUUGACCAUUGAGAGAAAAACAAAGAAAGAGAACAUUUUGUUUUUCUAUUUUUCCAUCGGGACCAAGAAAUGGAUCUUCUCUCCAAUAAUUACUUUAAUUUAACCCAAUUUAUAAGUCGAUCAUCAACCAAUCGUUUAAAUCUCUGUGAUCCUUCAAGUGGAUUGAUUAAUGAGCCUUUGUUUCAACUUGCAAAUGGAUUUAUCUUAAUCUCUUACCUUACAUCAACCAGUCUUGUUGGAUUAUUGUUCAUGAGAUGUUGUCUCAUCAUUGGAUCUCUUUGUUUGGCUCUAUGGGCUUACAUAAAUGUCUGCUCAAUCGAUUCAGUUAUUUGGAAUCUUCUCUUCUUUAUAAUCCAUGCGGUUUAUGUGUUUAUCCUUCUAUACAAACUACAUCCAUUCAUCAAAUUUCCUCGAGAUGUUGAACUUGUCUACAGGGAUCUUUUCCAGCCAUUAAAUGUUUCCCGCUAUUCAUUUAAUCAGUUAUACAAAUCAAUCAGAGAGAUUCAAGUUCUCAAGGCUCAUGAUAUUUAUUGUGUUGAAGGCAAAACUCCUGUUGAUAAAUUAUCAUUGUUACUUUCUGGACGAUUGGCGAUUCUCAAAAAUGGUCGAGCCAUUCAUCUAAUUGAUGGGCAUCAAUUUAUUGAUUCACCCGAAUGGUUUGGUGUUGGGACCAGUGAUGCUUAUCAAGUAACCAUAGUUGCCCUUGAGGAGUGUCGUCUUAUUGUUUGGCAUCGAGAUAAAUUGAAAUUAAUUAUAUCCGAUGACAUUUAUCUGAAAACAUUGAUGGACAGCGUUCUUGGUCGAGAUUUGGUUAAAAAACUUUUAUUCGUCACGGAUACGAUUAGUAAUAAUUUCAGUGUUGAUCAUCAACUCAACGAGAACUCAAAGCUCAUCAUGCCGAUUCAUCGAGCCAUGGAUCAUGUAGUCAAACGAGAGAUUCACGACAAUGGGACUCAUUGUUUCUGGACUCUCUCUCGAAUUAGUGAAGACUCGGAAACUAACGUUUAAAAUUUUGAUGAAAUUUUUCGAUGUAAAUUUAAUUAAAGUGCCAAUGGAUUAGUUGAUAACGUGGAUCCACAAUCGAUGCUGCUCUCGUUGCACUGCCUCCAAGUUCAUUAAAAUGAAAUCGACUUUAAUUGACCUGGAGAAAAUAUUUUUACUUCUAUUUCUCAGAUUCAUGAUGAUCAUGUUUGGCUCCAUUGGUGGAAUCAAUUUUUAUUCAUUCUUCCUGUAACUUAUACAAAUCAGGGUGAAAAAUUGAUCCAUAUCAGAAUAGAUGAUUAUCAUUGUGAUCGCUUCUGACUUAUUUACUUUUGCUCUGUCCUAAAGUACGAUCUCACUGAUUAUGUAAAUGCCUCCAAUCAAACGAUUGAACUUUUAUCUUCUAAUUGUAAUCAGCUAAUUGCGUUCGUAAUCUUAUUUUACCGCACGAUCUUUCUGAAAGCCAUCUUCAAUAACGAUUAUAUAUCUCUACUUUUAUACAUAAUUUUCAUUUCGCUAUCGAGUUGAGUCUCAAUAUCUACUUUCUUUUUUUUAUUAAUUGGUUUUGGUGAACUAAAUUAACACUAAUCAAUUGUAAUCUCACUUGUAAUAUCUGUUAACUAACACUUGGAACCUUGAGCUUUGAAAACUGUAAAAUACCAAUAUUUGACUGCAAAUCAAAUUCUACACUCGCUAAAAUUAUUAAAAUAAAACAAAUUGGUACAAUUAA